CGCAUUGUCACAUAAACAAAUCACCUACGGACACGAGAACGCCGGUUUCGGUUUCUGGCGGUGACAAUGGACUACAAUGCAUACAACAACAAGCUGUAUGCCGGGGUGUCGCAGCCCAUUCCCGGGAGCUCCGGGUUCUUUCAGCCAAGUGCCGCAACACCGACGUUCCUUAAGGUCCCUAAUCCCGCGCUGAUCAAACAAGAGUCUUCCGUUGGUGUAGGAACUCUCGGAGAAACCCCUACGCCGCCUGUAAAUUACAGCCAAAACCAGCAUUAUGUGAACCAUGGCGUUUCGGUGGAUCCGGAAAAGCCGCUGUUCUACCGACCGAAACCGUUUGACCUGCAGUUAAUGUCCAAUGCCUAUAUGCAGCACCAUCCGCAUCAGCAGUUUAUGCAGCAUCCACACCAUCACCAUUUACAGCAUCAACAGCAGCAGCAACAACAUCCACCUCCACAACAACAACAGCACCAUCAUCAGCAACAACAUCUUUCGUCAGUGCCAUCGCACGUACAACCCCAACAGCAACAGGUGCAGGUUGUUACGCAGCAGCAACAUCAGCAUGCGACGAGCUUUCACGAGUUUCCUGACCACUCCAAUGCGUCCAGCGUUGGAUCGUCUUCCAUCGAACCACAAGCGUACAUAGUACACCGGCAACCGGUGGUUCCGUUGCAAAUAAUGAAGGAAGAAACAUUUCCUCCUGCGGUUCCAGCUGCCAGUUACACUCCAACGGCCGUGGACACCCCACCGGCACCGGCCCCUGUCGUUUCGCAAGUAACGCGUUUUAGUUGCGAUUCCUGCCCGAAGACGUUUGACACGAAAUCGAAGCUAGAGAAACACACCAAGACGCACCUGGUGUACGAGGAGCAGGUCUUCAAGUGUCGCAUGUGUGAUAAGAUCUUUCGCACCAAGAGCACACUUAUCUGCCACGAGAAGGUGCACGGCGAGAAUGGGGUGGACAAUAGCUUUUCGUGCGUGGAGUGCGGUAAGGUGUUCGCUUCGGAUGAUAAAUUGCAGGUCCACCGGCGGCUACACACUGGGGAAAAGCCGUACCAGUGUAAGGUGUGCCAAAAGUGCUUUAAUCACCAGUCGAACCUGAUCGUGCAUUCGCGCAUCCACGAAAAGGUAAAGAAGGCACUGAAGUGCGAUCGGUGCAGCAAGGUGCUGGACAAUGAGGAGCGCCUGGCCAUACAUAUGCGGUUGCAUACGGGCGAAAAACCAUACAAGUGUUCGUACUGUGAAAAGCGCUUUAAUCACAAGAGUACGGUGAGCACGCACGAAAAGGCGGCCCAUAUCGCAGCCAACUCGUUCAAGUGUGACCGGUGCCACAAGACGUUCAAUCAAAAGUGCCAGCUGCAAUAUCACGAGAAGCUACAGGAAGAGCACACGAUCGCGUGCACCCUCUGCGAUAAGGUGUUCUGCUACAAGGCAAGCCAUAAGGAGCACAUGUUUAAGGUGCAUCUACCUCGGCCGAAGAAGGAACCGAAAAAGGAACCGUCGGGUUCGGGGGCCGAAGGAUCCGGUGCGACAUCCGGUGGGACCGGUUCCCAGGGUCGCAACAAAUUCAAAUGUACCGUGUGCGAUCGUCGGUUUUAUUAUAAGCGCGCGCUCGAAGUUCACAUGGGCGUGCAUGAUGCGUCGUUGGAUGUGAACGUGCUGCACUUCUCGUGCAACUACUGCCCGGAGACGUUCACCGAGGAAGAACCGUUGGAGCAACACGAGGCCGAGCACGUGGCUCUCGGAACAACGGAUUUUCUCGUGAACAUGAAAGCGCUCGAACAGUCGGAAAAUCCCGCCAACGGCCAGGUGGACGGAGGGUUCCGGUGUCCACUGUGCUUCAAACGGUUCGACGAUCAGUCGGCACUACGCGAACACCACCGUACGCAUCUUUGUGCGCGACCCGAUUGCACCAAAUGCGAACGGGCCCGCGGGGAAGAAUUCGAUAUCAACAUCACCACGUACGAUGCCGAAGAGGAUCGGCGCGAAACGGUGUGCAACAUUUGCCACCGGACGCUGCCCUCCUUCGAACAGUUUCAGAACCACUUCCACUAUCACACAUCGCGGGUGCCAUUCUACUGCUUUCACUGCCGGGUGGAGUUUCACGACAAGCGCGAACUGUACUCGCACUCCCGCACACACUCGCCGCGCGAACUGGAGUCGUACACGUGCGAGAUCUGUGCGAAGGUGUUCUCGACGAAGGGCAACUUUAAGCGCCACCUGAAAUCUCACGAAACGGUCCGGGCGUUCGCGUGCGACCGGUGCUUCAAGCAGUACGACUAUAAGAGCGCCCUCGAGGCACACUUGAAGCGAUCCCACGGUAUCGAGUUGUAGGCCAAAGGUCUUUCUCCCUCCCCCAUUCGCCAAGUGCCGGUGGCCGGUUGAGCUAUAUUUUUCAUCCACUUUUUUUGUUCGUAUUUGUCUUCUUCUUCUUGGCGUAAAUGACCUUGUUGGUCAUGCCUGCCCGUUAAGGG